AUGGCUACUUCAUACAUGGUACGUGCUGCAGCGAAUUACUCUGUUCAGAAACGACCCUUUAUCUUCCCACAUAGGUUUAAGCACUCCAUGACUGUAGGACUUUCCUCGGUAUUCAAGGCUGUUAUCGAUUCAUUAUUUGAGUAUGUGGACGAGCCACUGCUUCCAUCUAAGAGUAACUUUGCUCCGGUGGAAGAGAUAGGGGAAGCCGCGUUUAUCACUCACAUCCAGGGUGAAAUACCUCGGCAUUUUCCAGAGGGUGUCUUCAUUAGAAAUGGACCAAACCCACUAUUCGGAGGACUCAAAUCAACCAAUUCUAUUUUGGGGAGGACAAAUAACGCUUGGGUGGAAGGAGAAGGAAUGCUUCAUGCUUUGUAUUUCAAAAAACAAAAUGACGGGAGCUGCAUCGUCGUCUACAACAACCGAUACGUUGAAACUGAAACAUACAAGAUUGAGAAACACAGUAACAAACCUUUGUUUCUCCCUUCAGUUACAGGAGAUUCAUUGGCCGUUUUGUCUUCGCUUCUGCUAAACUGGUUGAGAUUUGGAAAACCAAAUAGAGAUUAUAGCAACACCAAUGUGAUAGAGCAUUCAGGCAAGUUCUACUCCAUUACUGAAACUCACAUGCCACAAGAGAUUGACAUCCUCAAACUUAGUACUUUAAAGGACUGGGAUGUCAAUGGAGACUGGAAUCGUCCUUUUGCCAGCCACCCCAAGAAAGUUCCAGGUAGAGGAGAGCUGGUUAUUUUUGGAGUAGAUCCAACUAAACCCUAUCUGGAAGUUGGAAUAGUAUCUGCUAAUGGAAAGGAAAUGGUUUAUAAACAAGACAUAAAACUAGACAGGUGCUCUUUUUGCCAUGAUAUAGGUAUCACAAGCAGGUACAUUGCGAUAUUGGAUUUUCCACUGACAAUAGAUUUUAACAGACUACUUACAAAAGAACAAUAUAUCAAAUACGACAAGGAGAAAUAUGCGAGGAUUGGGAUAAUGCCUCUCUAUGGUGAUGCAGAAUCAAUCCAUUGGUUUGAGGUGGAACCUAAUAGCACAUUUCAUGUCAUCAAUACUUUUGAGGAUGGUGAUGAGGUUGUAAUAUGGGGCUGCAGAGCACUAGAUUCAAUAAUUCCAGGACCUGAAGAUGGUCUAAAUGAAAACUGGUUCUCUCGUUGUUAUGAAUGGCGAUUAAACAUGAAAAAUGGGGAGGUUAAGGAGAAAUAUCUCACUGCACCGCAACAGUUUAUGGAUUUCCCCCUAAUCCAUCCAAGUUUCACAGGAAUUAAGAAUAGAUAUGGAUACACCCAAGUGAUUGAUCCCAUUGCGAGUUGUGCUGCAAACAUUCCUAAAUACGGAGCUCUAGCCAAGCUACAUUUUGAAGAACCAUGUUCAGAAUUCCUUACGGGAGAGACACAAGAAGAAGAGUCUAUAAGGGUUGAAUAUCAUAGGUUUGAAAGGAAUGUGUUUUGCACUGGAUCUUCCUUUCCACCCCAACCCCCAACACUCAGAAGCAAGGCCACCAACACCCUCUCAAUGCUUACUCUCAGUCACCCCAAGGUGUUUACAAGGAGAGAGUGUAAGAAAAUGGCCUCAAAGCUUCAAGAAAUGGUGAAAGAAAGAGAAGGAGACACCAAGUCGGCAAGGAGACCACACUCAACAGCCACUCACGCACAAAUCUGA